GUAUUGCGGGACCCAAAAACACCAGUGGUUCCCCUGCAGUGCGAGAGAUCAGCGAUGGGACUAGGGACAGAGAGGGAGGAGGGAGGAGAGAGAAAGAGAGGGAAGGAGGGAGGGAGUGAGGUGAGUGUUGCUGCAGAACAACAUUUAGCCUGGCUGAGGAGUUAAUCGGCGAGUAGCAGCAUAUCUGCUCCAUCCAGGCAAUAAUCCUGUUGGGAUAGCCAUGUUCUCAAAGCAACUGCGGCCUCUGGCCUUUGGGAAAAUGUCCUUUGUGGUUUUCAUCCUGACGUCUGCCCUCUCAGUGACUUCCCUGCCGUCUGACAUAGACAAAGGACGGAGAAAGGUGGUGCACGUGCUUGAGGAUGACACGGGUGCGGUGAUUGUACAGACAGCUCCUGGUAAAGUGGUGACACAUCGUGGGGGUUCCAUCACUCUGCCCUGCAGAUUCCACCAUGAGCCGGAGAACACCGAUCCUUCUCGCAUUCGGAUCAAAUGGACCAAAGUAACUGAUGCACUUCAGUUUGAGGACGUCUUUGUGGCACUUGGAAGGCAGCAGCGUGUGUUUGGAUCGUACAAAGGCCGUGUGUUUUUGGAGCAGGCAGGCCCAGGUGAUGCCUCAGUGAUCAUCCAAAAUGUCACACUGGAGGACUACGGACGCUUUGAGUGCGAAGUCACUAAUGACAUGGAAGACGAUACAGGAUUUGUCAACCUCGACCUAGAAGGAGUGGUGUUUCCCUAUUACCCCCUUGAGGGGCGCUAUAAGCUCAACUACCAUGAGGGGGAGGAUGCCUGCAAACAGCAGGACGCCAUUCUGGCUUCUCACUCUCAACUGCACAAGGCCUGGCUGGAAGGUCUAGACUGGUGUAAUGCUGGAUGGCUGGAGGACGGCUCAGUCCAAUACCCUAUCUCUCAUCCCAGAGACCAGUGUGGCCGCAAGGACACCCCCGCCGGUGUCCGUAACUAUGGCUACAGGCACAAAGAGGAUGAGCGCUACGAUGCUUUCUGUUUUACUUCCAAGCUUAACGGCAAAGUGUACUUCCUCAAACGCUUCAAGAAGGUGAACUAUGGGGAGGCGAUGAAGGCCUGCAUUCGAGAUGGUUCAGCUGUGGCCAAAGUGGGUCAGCUGUACGCUGCUUGGAAGUUCCAGCUCCUGGACCGCUGUGAAGCCGGCUGGCUGGAGGAUGGCAGCAUCCGGUACCCCAUAGUCAACCCCCGUUCUCGCUGUGGAGGAUCCCAGCCAGGUGUCCGACACCUGGGCUUCCCUGAUAAAAAAUUCCGCCUCUAUGGGGUCUACUGUUUUCGCAGAAAUGAGGAUGAAACAGCAGAUGGUACUGAAACAAAAAAAAAAAAACACAAACAAAAUGACAAGGAGAAAGAGCAGCAGCAACAGCAGCAGCAGCAUCCCAAUGAAUGCUACCAGUGUGAUUUAAAGUGUAGAGACUGAGAGCAAGAGGGAGAUACAAUUUAGAUUUGACAGCAACAACUGUCCCCUAGCAGCCAACUCCAUUCAUCGCUUUUAAAGUAAAACACUCACAGACAAGACAUACUCAUUUGCAGAUUUACCAGAGAGAAGAAGCGAGGCUGUAUAAAAUUAAGGGUGACAUCUUUAUUAGGUUGAUGUUCCCUCCGUCUCCAGUCAGUCAAUCAUCUUAAGGAGUGAAUAUGUUAACACAUCUGUCGCUGAAAAACUAUGAGGUUAAACAACCGCUUGAUCAUUACUCAGGCACACAUCAGAUCAGAUAUGCAAUGAAUAUCCUUGUUUACUUGUGUGUCUGUGUGUGUGUAUCAUACCUCUGCCCCCUGCUGUGGCCCCUGAGCUCGGAGCUCCACUCUGAGCCAGAAUCUCAGUGUCAGGGUGAAAAGAUCCAUUACCGUGUGAGACGGGAUGAUCUGGCCGACUAUACGUAUUGUUUAAUUGCCUGUAUCCGGGUGCCAUGUUUGGUUAGCGACGCUCCGGCACAAUGUGAGUCAUUUUUCUCAUUAACUAAGACCUGGCAACCUCAUCAUCAGAGUUGCACAAGUAGUGACUAUUGCACUAGCUCUAAAAAUAUUUCCACUUUAAAAACAUAGAGCUUUAUUUUGUGAUAGCAUCUUAGCUUAGACUAAAGCAAGCAUGUAUUGAUUGGCUGAGAGUAGUUGCUGAGGCUGAAUAAGCAGAAAUACAAAGCUACAAUAAUUGCUACCUGGGCCACUAGUUGCACUAUAAAUGUUACAAGCAGCAACCUUUAUUACAGAGUGUGUUUGCCACUAUACAGAAUGGAU